AUGGCGAGAGUGGAGUGGGUGCAUAAUGGAAGGUUUUCGUACAAGAGGACGAUCAUAGUUGCUUGUUGCAUCAACAUUGUUGUUGCUCUAUUUGUGCUCCACUCUCUCUACACUUCGAUCUACACGUAUUCCUUCAGUGAUUCUCAAACCUCAUUUGCGUACACAACAAAUCAGUUAAAAAAAAUGGAAGAAGCAAAUGAAAUACGAAAAGCAUCAGAACCAAAGGAACUUAUCAAGCUGGUGGCACAACUAAAGAAAAGAUUAAUGAGUGAAGAAAGGGUUUUGGAAUUGCCGCAAAAUUUGAAACGGAAGUUGACGGACGAGAUUCUCGAAAGGUUGAGGAGCUUGGAUGCUGCCGCAAAUGCCAUGGAGCAACGAGAGAUAGUUGAGUCCUGGCGUAGAUUAAAAUUAAAAGAAGCUAGGAAGCUUAUUCGUGGGAAACCCAUUAAUUCAACAAUUUUUCCACAGGAAGCCGGAGUGCUGGCUAAAAUUUUCUGA